GUUAGUUCAGCAAGAUUUAUUCCGAGCUAGUGUUCAAUCAGAGUGAUUAUUCUACCCGGAAACACGUGUGCUGCAUCUCAAAAAACAAGUGUACAAAAAAGUCGGGACGAUUUUUCAAUAUUUCGGGGCGAUUUUUGGAUCACUAGAAUUGGAUCCCUGAUCCCUCCGCACGAUGGCUUCCGCAGAGGAAAAAUCAGCAAUGAUAAAUGGCUCAAGAAGUCCUCAUGGAGGGCGCAGGUCUUCGGGGGCAGCGUCGGAUGACGAGAUAAGCGUGAUAGCUGUUAUAAAAAAAGGGACUUCCGGGAUUCCGAAGCGUGCGAGGUAUCAUUACAUACGAGAGUUGCCUCUGCUGGCCGUUAAGUCGUUCAAGAAGUCGGUACACAAGCCGAUCAGAAAAAUCCCAAGGGAAUUCUCUCUGGAAUCAACCUUAACCAGAUCCCUGAAACCAACCUCCGAUAUUACAGCGCUCCGAAAACCCAAGAUAAUUGAACUAGGAGACGAAAAUUCGAAAUUGGAAUUGCACAGACAGUUCAAUAUUCCAGAAAAAAAAUCGGACAAAGAACAGUCAGUAAAUUCAACUAAAGGAUUGAGCACCUGUACAGGUGAUGGAAACACAAAUAUCAUUCACAAACUACCGCCUGGUACGAUUAUCAUAAAAAAAGAACUCAGAACUCCCUCCAGGAGCAACAACGAAAAAACUGAUGUCACAACAACAGGAGAAAAUGAUAACGGCAAUAAUUCAGCCGAAGCUAUGACCACGACCAAUACUACAACUUCGAUGGGAAGCAGUAGCAAUAGCAGUGAGAGUAGCAGUGCCAGCAGCUUCGGAAGCGGAAGUAGCAGCGGUGGAUUAAGAUCAGGGUCAGCAUCCCCCUCAACUAAAGUGAAAAGACUGCAGCGGGGGACCAGGGCGAACAUAAAAAAAACGUCACAGGAUAUCGCGCCUCGAAGAAAUCCUGCCCGACGCGGCUCUAAAAAAGUACCUUCAGUCGCGUUAACGUCACCGGUAUCGACAGUAACGUCAACAACGACUCAUCCUCGUCAACGUCAGCGACUUUUGACCACCAGAAGACAGUCUGAAAGGAAUCAUACCGUUUCUCAAACCGGGAUUGGAACCAGAAGGACGAAAGCAAUUACUAUGCCUUACAUGAAUACCAGAUCUGUUACGAGAAAACUUUACACCGUUGGAGCGACUUAUCAAGCUCCUACUCGUAGAGAUGAAACUGAAUGGCGGGAAUGGCCGGUCCAUGGAAUGCAUGAAAGACCGAUUUUUCACCCACAAGUCGGUCUCGCGACUGAAUAUAUUGGGCGCAUUUACUGGACGAGCAACGAGAACCAAGAAUCCGGUUGGAAGUACCGCGAGGUCCUGCAGGAUGUGAACGCUGAACAUGUAGAAAUUGUAUCCGUGGAUCCGCGGGCGAUGCCGACGACGAACAAAGAUGUCACCGCGAGUCCCGGAAACGUCGAAUCCUCCGACGAUGAUUCCUUCGGCGUCUGCAUGCACAAUACUCUGCAUUCGGUGCUGGCUUACUGUGCACAGGUAAUGGCACCUGGUUAUCGGCACAUUUUAGCUAAAAAAAAACAAUCCCAUGACCCCGCCACUCGCCCAGAACAAUCCGGGGAAUCCGAGAGCCGGAAAAUCGGGGACGCAGACUCUGAGGGACUCGGGGUAAACAACCGACUGGACCUCAACGAGCUGGAGAAUUCAUCGAUAAGCGACGAGGCACUAAUGAAAAUGUCAUCCAUCUACAAAAAAUUUCUACCCGAUGAGGACCUCGACGCAUCGCCUUCUACGGAAAAUAAUACCAUUGAUCAGAGUCAAACUUGUCAUUCGGUGAAAAGCAACGCCAAUGAGACUUCGGAAAUUGCAAAAAUACUUUCGGAGUAUAACGAGAGCUUGAAGAACGCGAGUGCCCGCUCUGGCAGCGGUUGUUCUCUAGGCCCCUGUGCUGUCUCUGCGAAAAUUAAUGAAGAGAAGGUAGAAGUCAUACAUAAUUCCGAGAGCUCCGCUAAACCCUCUCCGAAUGACAGGAGCAUUCCGGGUUCGGCAGUAUCGGAAAAUCUUUCGCAAACCGGUGAGGAAUCAAAAAAUGCUGAGUAUUGGCUCGAGGAACUGCUAGUGGAUACUAGCCUACUUUACUGCGUUGCAAGUGGUGUGAAUCAAUCGGAUUUGAGUCGUUAUGUCGACACUCUGGAUUCGAAGCAAAGCCUUCAGUGGAUUCAACGUCGCAAGUCUGAGUGGUAAGAAAUAACAAACGAAAAUAAUAAAAAUCAUAUUUGUACAGAUCGAGAUAGUUCUUUGAUUAUAAUAGAUACAAAACUUGCAAAGCUGAUA